AUGGCUGAUGCUGCACCGGCCAUGGGUCCGGACUUCAAUUCAUUCGACGACGACAACGGAUUUUCAUUUUCCGAAGCUAUUCGCAUGUUGGACGAAAAUCCCACUCUUCUUCAUGACAUUGACGAAUUCCCAUUGACACAACACAAUUCUUCUUUCGAUCGCUCCGAGGCCAGUGAUCCCCAGUCCAAUCCCGUUGUUUCGAAUAAUCCUGACCAAGCGGGCCCUUCUGAAUUUCGCGGCGAAACGAACCAUCAUCAACAGGGAGUUCUUCAACCGGAUAAUUUGGGGUUUGCGAAUCCGGUGCAACCGCCCGGUUUCUGGCCGGGGUCAUCGGUUCCGUACAGUUGCAGUUGCUGUCAAGUACUGAGAGAAAUUAUCCACACUAAGGGCAUGCAUGCGACAAAGCUUGAGAUUCAUGGAAGACUUGGUUUGAUAAUAAGUCAUGCUAUUCUUGAGAACCGAUUUGUUGAUAGUGAUUCGACUACUCAAAGCCAGCACUAUCAAAUGCUCGAUUUUAGCAACCAAAGCAUGGAGGCUAUCAAGGAGUAUCUUGUUCAGUAUUGUGAAGGCCGUAAACAAGACGGUUAUACAAUGCAACAAGACCCACUUCUUGAGUUCUAUGAAGCUUUGUGUGUUGGGUUAACCAACGGUGAUGAUUUCUUUCAACCUUCUCCGGCAGAUAAUUCAGGCCAAGUGAACCAACCAGAGGCUGUGAACCAAACUGGGGCAACGAGGGAUGAAGUGAUCAGACUUGCUAGGAGUAGUACUUCUGUUGCAGCACAGGUUUUAGUAUCUUUUUCCAUAUGCACCACAUCUUAUCUUAUAUAUAGUCAUUUGCCAAUAGAGCUUGCUUGAUCAAAUAUAAUCAGCAAAUAA